CAGGGAGGGCUCUCCACCUCGCCAGGGAAGCUGGAGCGAGCUGCUGGCGGUGUCACGUUUCCCAUCCCGGAGGAAAAGAAACUGUUGCUGCUGCAGAGCGUGCUCGCCCGACAGGGAUGAGUCAAGCUGUGUAGUUGCAAUAUCAGGCAGUGAAACGGAGGAUGAUGACACUAUGGAUGUCCCACUGGAUCUUUCCUCGUCUGCUGGCUCAGGCAAACGGCGGAGACGUGGCAACCUGCCCAAGGAGUCUGUGCAGAUUCUUCGGGACUGGCUCUACGAGCACCGAUACAACGCUUACCCUUCAGAGCAAGAAAAAGCGCUGUUAUCCCGGCAAACACACCUUUCCACACUACAGGUCUGCAACUGGUUUAUCAAUGCACGCCGCAGGCUGUUACCUGACAUGCUGAGGAAGGAUGGCAAAGACCCAAAUCAGUUCACUAUCUCGCGGCGAGGGACCAAGCUUCCCGAGGGCGGCCUGGCGGAGUCAGCCAUCAGCACCAAGAACUACAUUCCCCUGCUGGAGGAGCCUGCCUUCCUCCCCGCCGCGCCGCUGGCCAAGACUGUGUCCUCCUCCAAGCCGGCCUCCCCGGGCUCGCUCCUGGCUCGGCCCUCCGUCAUUUGCCACACGACUGUGACUGCCUUGAAAGAUGCCCCUUUCCACUUCUGCCAGCCAGCUGAUGUAGGCCAGACCACGGACCUGCAGCAGCCCCCGGCUGGCGGCUUCACAGAUCACCCCCUCUCCUGCCACGAGGACGCAUCCAAACUGGGACCCGGUGCAAACACACAGAGUGGGCUCUUUAACACUCCUCCUCCAACACCACCAGACCUGAACCAGGAUUUCAGUGGAUUCCAGCUUCUGGUGGAUGUUGCACUCAAAAGGGCGGCAGAGAUGGAGUUGCAGGCGAAACUUAUGGCCUAAAUCCCCUUCCUUCUCCUUCCCCGUUUUGUUUUACCAGGCAGGGAUCUAACAGCUGUGUGGUUAUUGCCACCCACACGAUAUCAAAAGACUUCACUGCAUUAUUAUUAUUUUUUUUUAUUAAUCUUAUUUGCACAAGGGGAUUGCUGAAAUGAAGCUUCCUGUCACUGAGAUGGUCUUCAGUGGAAUACGGUCAUUCCAAGAAUUAUAAACUUAAAGCUACUGUAGAAAGGAUUGUGUGUUUUGUUGGGAUUUUUUUUUAAUGUUUUCUUUGUAGAUUUUUCAUAAUGUGAGAUGUUUCCCAAGAUCAUGUGAUUUGUUUUGUUUCCUUCAGACUGUGCAAUAUCUAGAAAUGAUAUAGAGUCUUCUUAUCAUUCCCAUGUGGAACGGAAUAUACCGACACGCUGUCUAAAUUUUCAAUUUUUUUAACAAUACAAACUUUGGAUGAUCAUGCUUUU